UUUACUCUCACUUUUUUUCUUUGCUGAAAAUAUAAAAACUAUGAGCUACGAAGGUAGAAGUCAACAUCGUUCAAGAAACGAUGGACGACGAUAUGGAGGAUACAAUCGAGACUACCGUGGAGGCAACAGAUACAGAGAUGACUAUCGAAAAAGACACUAUCGACAACCUUCUCCCAGUCGUGACGAAGUAGAAGAUAUUGAAGAACGAUUAAAAGGACUCAUCAUCAAAAUAGGUGAUAAGAUUACUCCUGAUCUCCAAGUAAAUUUAAACAAGAUGAAGAAUAUAUUGGACAAUGAUUAUGAGAAGUACCCUGAUAUGGUGCAAGAAACAUUACAAGCUUGUGUUUUAGAACUUCCUUCAAAGACUCCCAUCUAUGGUACUCUCAUUGGUUUAUUGAAUGCAUCGAAUAACAAUAUUGUUUUACGACUUAUGGAAGGUUUCAAUACGUUACUUACGACUUCAGUAGAACAAGCAGAUUGGUUCAAACUAAAACAACUCGUUCGAUUCUAUGGAGAACUUGUUAAUGCUAAUGUUAUCUUACCGAGCGCUUAUUGUCAUUUACUGGAAGAUAUCUUGGCUGAUUUGGAUCAAUCAAAACAACUAAAGCGUCGAUUGGAUUGCCUUGUUUACAUUGUUCUUAAUGCUUUACCUUGGUGUGGAAAAGAACUCAAUGAACGAUGUGGUUCUGGAUUGGAAGGUGUUCUCAACAAAAUUGAUACUUACAUGAACAGCAGGGAAACAAUCCACUUUCCUAUUCUGAAGGUCUUUCAAGAUGAGCAAGACCAAGAUGAACUUUUACAUUUGUGGAAUCUCAUUCAACAGCUUGAAAAAAGCAAUUGGAAGAUAUCGCUCAUUCCAAAGGUUUACAAAUGGUUUGAUGAUGAAUUAAAUAGAGCAUUGCAGCAUGAAAUUCCUCGAGUGACACUCCCUCUUGAUUCAGAUGAAUCAGCAAGGUACAUUCAUCCUCGACAUAUACUCAGAAUUUUUAUAGAUGAAGAUGGAAAGACGAAAUCUGACCAUCCUGAUCAUCGUGGUCUUGAUUACUUUAUUCUCAACGAUAUCAUUGCCGACACUAUACAAAUUUUUGAAGCCAAUCGAAAGGAAUGUGGCAAGUACCUUUUGAAUAUUGCAGGUGUUUUUGAACCCGGUCAUUUUAUGUCUCAAAUGGAUGAUGAUGACGAUGAUGAUGAUGAAAGGAUCAACGAAAAAUCUUUGGAUUGGAAUGCAUCCGAAAUUUUGAUGGAGUCACUUCUAUCACAGAUGUUGAUGCUUCCUAUUUCUUCUUAUCGAUUGAUUUUCUUCUCAACUCUCAUGGCUGAACUGGUCCGUUUGAAUACAAAAACAUUCCCUAUGGCUUUAGGACGAUCUGUCAAAUUAUUAUUUGAUAGAUUAGAUAAUAUGGAUACUGAAUGUGUUGCUCGAUUAUGGACUUGGUUUGGACAUCAUUUAAGUAACUUUGGAUUUCAAUGGGAUUGGGUAGCAUGGGAAGAUGCAUUGACUCUUGACAAAUUACAUCCACAAGUAUGCUUCAUCCGGGAAACCAUCGAAAAGGAAAUCCGACUCAGUUACUAUGAACGUAUCAAAACAUCUUUGCCUUCGGAAUUUGUCUCACUUGCACCAGCAGAAGCCCCUGGACCCAAUUUUAGUUUUGGUGAUACUUCUCAUCCUCUUAACCCAGCAGCAAAGAAGGUCGUGGAGGCACUUCGGUCCAAGAAAAGUGUAGAAGAAGUACGAGAACUUUUGGAAAACAUCAAACGGGAACUCGGUGAUGAUGAUGUAGCACAGUCUUUGGCCAUACAAGAUCUCUUUAUUCAAUGCCUUUUGUUGGUGGGUAGUAAAAGUUUCUCUCAUGUAUUGAAUGUAGUAGAAAGAUAUCUUGAAGUCAUGCGACAUUUCAAUGGCACUCACGAAGAAAAAGUACGCACUGUUGAAAUAGUGGCCACGUUUUGGAAAAACAAUACUCAGUUUUUAUGCAUUUUACUGGACAAACUUUUGAAUUACCGUAUCGUGGACCCAGCUUCCGUGAUCGCUUGGAUAUUUGAUCCAAAACAAUUGGAAAACGCAGGAAGAUCAUAUAUUUGGGAAAUCUUGAAAAAUACAUUGAACAAAGUUGUUUCUAGAGCCGCACAAAUCAAAUCUCGUUUGGAAACCUUUCGACAACAGCAUAGAGACAAUGAAAUUGCUCGGGCAGCAAAACCUUCUACAGAAAUCACACAAGCUGAAGCUCAACAAGAAUUAGAUGCUAUACAAAUUGCUGAACAAUCAUUUGGAACAGUAUCAAGAGAACAAAAGGAAGUGUUUAUGGUGAUGUAUCAACGUUUUGCCGAAAUUUUACAGUCGUUACUCAAGUCUUUAGAAGCUCAAGGUCGAAACCCUGAUGAAGAUUGGACUUUUUGGUGGAUGAAUGGAUGGUUCAAAGAAAUCCUUCGACUGUAUCACGAUGAAUGUGCUGGAUUCAAAGUCACUUUGGAGUCUGUUGUAUUUACCUCUGAUUUAGAACCUCGCAUCAUCAACUUGUUUCAACAAGUACAAGAAUGGAAUCAAAGCUUGUUAGCAAAAACAAAAUGAUCUCUUUUUUUUUUUUUUUUAUGAAAUAGUAUAGUGAUGGUGGUACAUUAGUUUUAUAGUUCUUCGAAUUUACAAUGGAAAAACUUUU